UUACUUAUAUUAAUAAGAGGAUACAUUGUACAUGAGUACAUAACUGAUAAUAUCACUUGAACAAUAAUUUUUUCAAACUUGUUCAACUCCAAACACUGCUAAUGUACAACACACUUGCCCCCCUUUCUCUUAACAUGCGACUAAAAUAUUGAAUAUAAAUAAAAAAAAAAUAAAAAAAAAAAUUCGGAUCCAAGCCGAUACGGGUAAGCGGGCAAGUCAAAAAUCUUGAAAUGGUUUUUGGGUUUGCAGUCUCUCUAAAACCACCAUUAUUCUCUGCAGCAGUAAAAACCCCUUUAUCUCUCCUAAAACCACCAUUUUCUCUCUCUCCUCAUCUUCAGCUGCCCACAAACAUUCAGGGCAGCAUGCUGAUGAUCAUUUGAUCUUGCAAUUCUUCUUCAUUCUUUCGAUUGAAUUUGAUGAUGACGAUAUUUUUUUAGGUUAUUAUUGACUGGUUAUAAGAUUUAAGGUGCUGCUGGGAGUAUUGUUUCGGCCUCAUGAUGAUGGCUCUGACAUGGCUAAGUGCAAUUCUAGUCGGAGCAGGGUGUCUUGCAUUGGGAUACUACUUUGGUGCGCGUCAUCCUGCUCGUUUAUUUGAUUCUUCUACUGCACCUAAAGCUAGCGUUACCAAAAGUGGAGGCAAGAAAAAUCGUGCUCAAGAGUCCCUUGAGAUUGAGAAGCUUGCUGACGUUCUUGAAGAUUUUAAAAUGGUAUUGGUUGUGAGGAAUGACUUGAAGAUGGGUAAAGGAAAGAUUGCUGCCCAGUGCAGUCAUGCAACAUUGGGUCUCUACAAAAAGCUUCUUAAUCGAGCCCCAAAAGCAUUAAACAGGUGGGAGAUGUGUGGGCAGGUUAAAGUAGUUGUCAAGAUUGAAAGCGAGGAAGACUUGCUUAACUUACAGGGAAGGGCGAAGUCAAUUCAUAUACCUACACAUAUUGUAAUAGAUGCUGGAAGAACUCAAAUAGCUCCAAAUUCGCGAACAGUCAUGGCUGUUCUUGGACCGGCCGACAUGGUUGAUGAUGUGACUGGAGGAUUGAAGCUUCUGUAAUUGGUUGCUUUACUGAAGUUGGUUGCCAUUUAGGCCUAGCGACAAGGACAUGCCUUAUAUUCUGAUAUCUGAAAACAGAGACCUCAAAAUCUCAAAUAGCAGGAGCGGCAAUUGAACCACGCUGAAAGUACUGCCACUGAGUUAUUACUGAAUGGGGGCCGAUUUCUUUUCAUUUCAAUCAUUUUAAUGGAUGAAUACUAGGUUGAUCCUUUUGUUGGCUUCUUAAUAUGGCAAUAGUGAUUUUAUCUGGAUAAGAUGUUUCUUCUACCUUCGCAUUUUUUUUCUUCUACUAAUAGAUUGCUGAUGUUGCGGAGAAUCAUCAUGUUGCGGACAAUGUAUUUUAUCAUUUCAUGUAUUGCUUUGAUUAUUGUCGCUGUAUCGGUUUUACUUGGGAAGGUGAUCCUUUAUAGUGAGGAUUUUGAAUAUCAAUAGUUAGAGGAAGAAUGGCCAUAUGCCCAUAUUUGAGAGUUUU